GGCUAAGCCUGCGGAGCCGUCGCGACGGCGCGACUCGGGCAGCCCCGCAUCGAGCCGGCGGCGGCCGAUGCAGCCCUGCGCCGGCCGCCUGGGCCCUCGAUGGAGCAGGCCGCCCUCGCGCUGGUGCAGUGGGCGGGCGGCGACGCCCUGAGGGGGGCGUGGAAGUGGAUCAUCCGGCCGGCCCGGGAGGAGUACGAGUUGUCCGAGCUUGGCCCGGAGGUCUUCGACGUCGCCGGCCAGCUCUGCACGCGGACUGACAUCCAGCUCACGAGCACCCAGGGCCACACGCUGGAGUGCAGCCACUUCCGGCCCGCCGCCGAUGCUGCGGGCGCGCCGGCACCCUGCGCCGUCUACCUCCACGGGAGCGGCUCCUCUAGGCUGGAGGCGCUGUGGGUCGUCCCGAGGCUGCUUGAGAGGAAUGUCAGCGUCUUCGCCUUCGACUUCGCCGGCUGCGGCCACUCGACGGGCGACUAUGUGUCCCUGGGGCACUACGAGGAGAAGGACCUGGGCGUGGUCUUGCGGCACCUCCGCAGGUCUGGCGUCCCGUCCGUGGCGCUCUGGGGCCGGUCGAUGGGCGCCGCCGCGGCGGUGCUGCGGGCGGCCAGGGACAGGUCCCUGGCCGCCUGCGUGCUCGACUCCGCGUUCACGGACCUGCGGACGGUGUGCGCGGAGUUCGCGGACCAGGCCGCGCUGCCGGUGCCGAGGCUCCUCGUCGGCGCGGCGCUGGAGGCCGUGCGCGGGGAGGUGGAGGCACGCGCUGGCUUCGACGUGUGCCCUGGGCGGGGCAGUGCCGGUCGGUAUGUGAAGCGUUCUAGGGAGUGCUGUGGGUUCGAUUCGGACUCGACGUGAAUCCGACGUGGAUUCGACAUGGAUUCGACACGGGCUCGAUGCGGAUUCGACGCGUUCGACAUGAAUUCGACACAGAUGCGACACGCAUGGCUGCCCGAUGGGACAGACGACGUUCAGCGGAGAUGCAGCAUGAGGUUCGGGAACAGAACAUGUAGUUAGCUUGAUUCGGGCCUUUGUUAUGUUUCUCGUUUCGCUGUUCGUUGUUAUUUCGUCUUGUUGAUCGUUUUUGUUCAUAACGCCUCGUUUCGUCUUUUCGUCUUGCUUGGCACCGAUGCCGUUCCAAACGUUCGUUUUCAACGUUGGGCUUCGUGUCGUUUUUUUUUUGCCGCCUGAAACACCGCUGUGGUUGGCCCUUGCAUCAAAACGAACGUAAGGUUAAGUCUGGCACGUCCCUCUACAGGAGGAAUAUUCCACAAUAGUCCAAACAUAGUCUGGGGACGAUUCGAUGAGUUUGUUUUUUUGCUUUUUGAGAAUGUUUUAGGUCCGUGUGGCUGUUCUCCAGAAUCCGCCUGCAGUAGGACACGCCCGACCGGAACGUGGGGGCGGGCCACGGCCGCGUCCCCCGCCAGGUGCGCCGUGGCGCCCGCCCUCGCCGCGCCGCGGGCGAGGUGCCCUGCGCUCUUCGCGUGCGCGCGGGGCGACGGCACUCGGGGGACAACGGUGCUCAGGAUCGCUUUCACCGAUCCCCGUGCCCAGGCCCGGCCCCGCCCCGAUCCCCACCAUCCCACCACCCCAGUUGGGGAUGUGCCCCCCGAAGCCCGAAGGGAACCGCCCACAUCCCCAUCUCGGGGGUGAAUCGGCCAGUGGGGCCCAGCCCACGCUGGUGGGGAUGGGGAUCGGUUAAACGAUGUUCAGUUGGGGGGCACGGGAUCUCAGGGUGAGCGGUUCCUGUUCCUCCCAAGGGUGACGCUCGUUGCCCAGGCCACCUCACCCCUCCCGGGUCACGUUAACGAUCGUGCACGCCCAUCGUUGGAAGCAGGCAUGAUUGGAUUCCCAGAUCUCAUUCUACGUUUUGCGCCUUCCUACUUCAAGGAUCGACGGGCUUCCUUCUUCCCUCCACUUCAGGGGGCGGGCGGAAGCCCAACCUACCUCCAACGCAUUCCCAGUUCAUGCUUCUGCCCACUUCUUCCGGCGUGGAGUGUACUUGGGGGGCGGGGGCCUGGCCCCCCCCCCCUUUCCAUGCUGUGGCUGCGCACAGGCGAUCGAUCGAUGCGCUGGUGGCGCGUGCGCAUCCUGGCGGGUGCACGCCACGGCCGCCGUCACCGCCGUUGCCCUCCCGCCCGACCCCCCCCCCGUGUAACGACCGUUGCCCAGGGCAGGAAGAAACGGUCGCGAUGUAUCGACCCCCAACCGCUCACUGUCGGCGGUCCGGAGGUUGCACCAACACCAAAUGUCGGCGGUGUGCCUCCACUGCGGGAACACGAUCCCGAUCUCGGUGAUGGCGGUGAUGCUCGAGCUUCCCAGUUGGCCGAAAUAUUACCACGAGCGCCAAAAUCUAGGAUCAUCCUAACUCGGUGGACGCACCCCACUGUUUAGGUGGUGGUGCCCGUUUCCGAGCCUCCAACAUUGAUUGCCGGUAGGGUGGCAAUGGCUCACUCCGCCCAGGAAGGUGCAGAUUUGCUAUUGGGUAUCUACCGCCGGUCGAUAAUCGCGCCGAUUGCAGGUCCAUGUUUCCUUCCCCUGAGCCCCUCCCGCCUAUCGUUGCUCCUCAGGCCUGGUGCGCUCGCACCACGCGGAGGACCUGAGGAGCGCCUGGGGUGGCCAGAGCUCGGCGGUCGCCUUUGCGGGCGGCCACAACGACCGGCGGCCGGACGAGUUCUUGGACCAGGCCCUCCGCGUGGGUGCUGGUGAAGAGUGCGCAGGAGGACCUGCAUUCGUCGGGGCCUGCCCUGAAGCCAGUGCAAUCGCAUGUCUGCUCUGGCGUUUUUGUGUGGAUCUGCUGUCGCAUGUGCGUCUCGGAUGCGGCAUGAGCAUGACAUGCACGCGAGAAGGACCGAGACAUCAUGGGGCAUGGAUGAGAUAUGGAUGCGACA